AACUCAGGUACCAAUCGGCGCUCUGCCAGAAGUCGCUGUGACUUCCCGUGUUGGCGGUGCUGAGGCGCCGGGGGACGAUUGGAGCGGUUCUGCUGUGACCCGAACAACCACGUCCCGGAGAGCUGUGGUGACAGGAGUCGAGGGGGUGCCGGAACACUGCGGCCUAACACCGUGAGAGGCUCUUCGGGCCCUGAAGGGCCUUCAUGAUGAGAACGAUUGAGAGCAUCAACUCCAUGGUCAUCAGGCCCAGCGAGGACCUCUGGGCUGAAAUCUGCUCGUGUCUGCCACAUCCAGACCAGAAGGAUGCCAGUGAGGCCUUCACUGAUUCAUUCCUGGAUUCCUACAAAAACGGAGGAAGCCAGGGUAAUGGGGUCUCUUCCCAACCAAACCCAAAGCCCUGGGCGCCCCUGAAUGACUCAGAGAUGUAUUUAGCAUCCCUAGAGAGAAAGCUGAUGAGAAUUAAAGGUUUGUCUGAAGAGGUGACCUCCAAGGACAUGCUGCGUACUCUGUCACAAGCUAAGAAGGAAUGCUGGGACAGGUUCCUCCAGGAGAAGUUUGAGUCUGAAUUUUACAUAGAGGGACAUGAAUCUGAUGAGAGCACCCUGGAGCAUCUAAAGCGAUGGCUGCAACCUGAUAAAGUGGCCAUCAACGCUGAAGAGGUACAGUACCUCAUCCCUCCAGAAUCACAGGUAGAGAAACAGGAGACUGAAGAAGAGCAUCCAGCUGCUGAGCAGUGAGAUAUGCAGCAACCAUGCCACAGAGCUGUCUCUUGUCCAACCCUGAUGAAGCUGUGUGCAGCAACAGUAAUGCUAGGAAGAGGGUGGGGGUGGGUAAUGAGUGCCAAUUGUCAGCCAUUUAAAGACAAUGAAAUGAAAUCCAACAAGAAAACAGCACUGGACCUCCAAGGAUAUCGACUGGCAUUUUUUGUGGACAAGAGUGGAACAGAAUUUGCUGAACUGAAACCCUUUUUUGAUGUAGUCCUAGUGUGUUAGCAACCAAAUCAUUCUGGCAUGAACGUGAAUUGUUUGUAACUCAUCAGGAGGCAUAUUGAACUGUAGCAGUUGUUUAGAAGCAUCAGAAAACAUAAUGGUCUAGAAUAGAACAGAUAAAACAACGUUGACAUUAAAGGUUGAUAGAGGGAAGCAGCGUACAUCUUCUGUCAGAUAAAGAAAGCUCUUACCAGGGAAAUUGGAGGGGUAGUUCUAGUAGCUUAAGCGCAUUAGAUUGUUCAUUGUGUAUGAAAUUACACUUUUAAAAGGAGCUUAUCACGUUCACUGUUUCCUAUCUCUGUUAGUUAUAAAUGUGCUGUUUCAUUCA